UGGUCCAAUGCGAGAAGCAUCGUGUUGAGGAAGAACAAAAAGAAACUCGUAGAAGUCUGUUCAAGGCUAACUGAAACUUUUAUUUACUACGAAUAUUUGGCACAGGAAUUCAAGAAGGAGCUAUCUGUCCGAAUAUCUGUUUAUAUGGUUGAGCUUACAACUUUCCUGGGCAUCUGGAAACGGUAAGCAGGCAAGCAAUUUACAGCUAAACUCACCCCUGUAAAUUAAAAUGCAAUUUCUAGUUCGCUGAAGUAAAAUUGUUUGUAUUAACCGUGCAGAUUUUGAGCUGUUUUAUUUUUUUCUAAUUAUUUGUGUCUUCAUCUGUUAUCCUAAACUUGUAAAUUGUUUUUUCUAUCCAUUACUCGUAUAUAAAUCUUUAAAUUAAGUUGUAUUUUCAAGAAAAAAAUAUUUUUACUGCCAAUUAUUUCAACACCUAGAGAUAUGCAAGCUUAAUCCAUGAUUUUGCAUCUUAGAUUGUUUUGCCAUUAACUAAUUUUUCAUUGAAAAAAAAAUCAGUUACCUGGCUUGACAAGUCACUUUUCUUUUAUGUGAAAUUUAAGUUCUUUUAUUGAUUCAGCAUUUGUUUAAAUACUUAAUUUUUACAAAUUGCAAGCAAGCGUUUUAGAAUUAGAUGUUGAGAUUGGUUUUUAUAUAUACAGUGCUAAAAGUUUUGUAACUUCAUUAGUUUUAAAUUUUUUUAGAUAGCUUCUGUAUGGAAAAAAUGUAUAUACAUCUAUUUAUUCUGUGUACCCAUAUUAUAGGUACCUUUUUGUCAUUUUUUUAAAGUUUAGCAAAGGAACUUUGAAGAAAUUUCAAUAAUUCUUCUAUGGAAAUAAUUGUCAAGAAAAUCUUAUGCAAAUCUUGUAUUUGUAUUAUAUUGUUGUUGAAUUUAAUGAACUUAAUGCAGUUAUUUAUUUCGUGUGUUGAUGUAUUUAUUUUAUUUUAUAUUAUUUGUUUCAUAUUAUGCAUUUUUUUAAUCAAAUGAUCAUGUUUAUAUGCCCUUCAUAACAGCAACAACCCAAAAUAUUUUUUAAAAUGAAUCCACCCAGAUGUUAAGGUUUAUUUUCACUAGUUUAUUUGAAAACAUAAUAUGAAAACAGUAUAUAAAAUAUGUUUUAAGAAUAAUUAGCUUUAUCUAUAAAUAAUUAUGUCUGAAAACUAGUAGAGUUUAGAACGUGAAUACCUCAAAAUCUAUGCAUCCCAAAAUUUAUGCAGACAGAGAUUCCAUUCAUGUGAACAUUCUUGUGAAUUUUUUAGCUCACUUUUAAACAGUUUUUCUAUUGUUCAGCGUUGUGUGUUACAAUGUUUAUUAUUUGCAUACAUGUAUGUUAUUUUGGGUAAAUUAUAAAAAAUCAUUGGACUGUUCAGAAUGUAUUGAAAUAGAGUGAAGAAAAGAGUAAAGGUGAGGUAAGAUGAAGCAGUGAUGCUUGCUGGCUGGAAAUGAGAUCAUGCAAUGUGGUUUGAAUGAUCUUAUGGCAAGAUGCAAGCACAAAUUUGUGGUAUCAUAUCUAACAGCAAUAUCUAGCAGGCAUUUUGGAAAGAUGUUGCAAUGGAAAGCCAUCAAGUUUUCAAUUUGUCUCUAUUGACUAUUUGCAGAUAAAAAGAAAAAGUUUUCAAAGAGUUUCAGAGAGACAAGAGAAAUAACAGACUAAAUUAUCAAAGCCAAUUGUUCUCCAUUUGCAUUCAUGCCCUGCCUCUUUAUUGUAUCCAUAACAGAAGUAACUUGUGAUAGAUUAUCUCAAGUGGUCUGAGAUUCUGCCUUAGGUAUUUUCUAUAAAAGCAAAAAACAGAAUGAAGAAAGCCUGCUAAAAAAGGAGUAAACAAAGAAGAUAGCUGUUGUCAAGACAGACAAAAUCUAUUCCUUCUCACUCACUGACUGCCUGGCAAUAAUUGAAGUUGCACUUUGACUCAAGUUGUAGACAUUUUGCCCUGGGCUUUGAAUACAUCAUUCAAACAAGAAAAUGGCUGCACAAGGAGAAGAUUGCUACUUCUAUUAUUACUCAAGCUGUUCAAAGGGAGCAUCUUGCCCCUAUCGGCAUCAGCCUGCAGCUCUUGGUAAUGAGAUUCCAUGUCAUUUAUGGCUAGAAGGAAGAUGUGCUCGGGAUGUUUGUAAAUAUCGCCAUAGAAGUUAUGAUAAAAGCCGUCAAUCAAUACCAUGUCUUUGGGAGACACAUCCUGCUGGUUGUCUCAAACCCAAUUGCCACUUCUUUCAUUCCAAACCAAGGCCAUUUGCAACAACAGGACAAGCAACAGGCUUGCCAAUCACAUCAGUAUCAGUAGGGAAUACAACUUUAUUCAAUUCAACUUCAAUGCUUGCAAGCCAAAGGACCAACACUGGAAUAGCCGCCAAUCCUGUGGUAUCUCAAGGAAUCUCAAGCCAAGCAGCAGCUGUUGUUUCUCAGCCUAGUUUGCAACCAUUUGUCAGUAUUCCUGUAGAAGCACAAAUAGCAAAAUCAAUACCGGACACAAACCUAUUCCCAGUUCAACAAGCAAAUUUGCUAUCUGCCCCAGACUCAUCCUUCCAAGAGCAUGUUAGAAUGUUCAAAGAAAUGAUCAGUGAAAAGCGAAUGGGAUCUCCAAUGAAGGAUGCCCAGAAAAAGAAACCCAAAAGAGAUAAAUCUCCAGUUCAUUCAAGCGACUCAGAAUUUGACGAAAUUCUGGGAACUUAUGAGUCAAGGCAGAAAAAGGAUAAGUCUUAUCAGACAUUCAAAAAGGAAAGAAGGGACCGAAAGGGGAGGACUGUCGCCCCCUCCAAAGGCAGACAGUAUGCUGAUAACAGAUACAAAACAAGGGAGGAUGAAGAGAGAAGAAUUCGGCAGGAAAAGUCUAGACAAGAUAGAGAUUCAGAGGAGAGAAGAAAGAACCGGGCAAAGAGAAAAGAAGAAAAGGAAAGAAGAAGGAAACAAAAAGAGAAAGAGAAAAAGAGGCAGGGCAAAAAGUCGAAAAAGGAGAAAGAGGAGAAAGAAGAGAAGGGGGAAGAAAAUGAUGAUCUUGGCGAAUUAUCUUCAGAUGACUUUGAGUUAGUGGCAGAUUCAGAAGAAGAGAAGAACUCACAGGAAAGCGAGGGAGAAGAACGCGCUGCUGGAGAGAACAGCAGCAACGACAACAACAAAACCGAGAAUUCUGAAGAUAAAGCUGAAACAACAUUGGAAGAAAAAAAUGCAAUACAAUUAGAUGGAGACGUUAUGAAGGAUGUUACAGAGAGCACUGCUUUGGAGAUAAGUGGUGAAGAGAAGGAGAACGAAGGAAAAGGUUUCGGAUUUCAUAUCAAGAGUUACGAAGAAAUUUUGCGAGAAAAAGCGUUGAGAAAUAUGCUAGAACGAAGACAGGCAAUGGAGAAACAGAACAAGGAGGAGAAACCACCAGUUUCAAACAAGGAAGUAGCAAAGAAUGCAGUUUCAAACACGCCAAAAGAGAAACAG